AAAGGGAAGGGGUGACUUUUGCAAGGAAGGUUUGGAGAGGGGGAGGUGAAGCGGGGUUUAGUUAAAGAGCUGAGUUUGUAGAUUUCGGUUGAAAUUGAUCAGGGCAGUUUCGCUGUGGGCAGUUACAAGCGUUUUCCCGGUGCCUCCCAAUGGGUGGGGAAUAGUGCUGCAUAAAGCAGCCGAGAGUCCGCCGGACUGGGGAAUGAGUACUCAGCCGCAGGACGGAACGCGGAGUGGAGACUGCUGUAGGCGGAGAGCCAUGAGCAAGGAGUAGUGCGAAGUUUGCAAAGUUCUGGUGCUAUCCUCGUCUCUUCUAUUUCCAGAACGAUACCCCUCUCUCUCUCUCUUCACCGUCUCCAAGCACGGAUCUGUAAGGCUCGACUCGAUCCUUCUCCAGGGCUUUAAGAAUGUCAGUGACUGUGCAUGAAAACCGAAAGUCUCGCUCCAGCUCGGGCUCGAUGAACAUCCACCUGUUCCACAAACCCUCGCACGCAGACAGCCUCCUGACUCACCUCAACCUGCUCCGCAAACGGCACCUCUUCACGGACGUGACCCUCCGCGCCGGCAACCGGGCCUUCCACUGCCACCGGGUGGUGCUGGCUUCCUGCAGCCGCUACUUCGAGGCCAUGUUUGGUGGGGGCAUGAGGGAGAGCCGAGACAGCGAGGUGAACUUCCAUGACUCGCUGCACCCAGAGGUGCUGGAGCUGCUCCUGGACUAUGCCUACACCUCCCGGGUCCUCAUCAACGAGGAGAACGCCGAGUCCCUCCUGGAGGCCAGUGACAUGCUGCAGUUCCACGACAUCCGAGAUGCGUCGGCCGAGUUCCUGGAGAAGAACCUGCACCCCAUGAACUGCCUGGGCAUGAUGCUGCUGUCCGAUGCCCACCAGUGCGAGCAGCUCUUCGAGCUCUCCUGGCAGACCUGCCUGGCCUACUUCGCCGUGCUGUACCGGACGGAGGACUUCCUCAGCCUGCCCAAGGACAAGCUGCUGGAGCUGAUCCUCAGCGAGGAGCUGGAGGUGGAGGACGAGAGCCUGGUCUACGAGGCCGUGCUGGGCUGGGUGAAGCACGACCUGCACAGAAGGCACGACCACCUGCCCGAGCUGCUGCGCUGCGUGCGCCUGGCCUUGCUGCCCGAGUCCUACCUGUACGAGAGCGUGCUGGGCGAGGAGCUGGUGCGUGGCCACCAUCUGGGCCGGGGGGUGGUGGAAGAGGCCAUCUCCUGCAAGCUGCGGAUCCUGCAGAACGACGGCGUGGUGACGCUGCUGUGCGCCCGGCCCCGCAAGGUCAACCACGACAUCCUGCUGCUGGGCGGCCAGACCUUCGUGUGCGACAAGAUCUACGCCAUCGACCAGAAGACCAAGGCGGUGACGCCCAAGGCCGACAUCCCGAGCCCACGCAAGGAGUGCAGCGCAUGCGCCAUCGGGUGCAAGGUCUACGUGACCGGCGGCAGGGGCUCUGAGAACGGCGUGUCCCGGGACGUGUGGGUCUACGAUACGCUCCACGACGAGUGGACCAAGGCGGCGCCCAUGCUGCUGGCGAGAUAUGGUCACGGCUUGGCUGAGCUGGAGCAGUGCCUGUACGCCAUCGGUGGGCACACGGCCGUCAGCGCCACGCUGCCCGCCUCGCCCUCUGUCUCCGUCAAGCAGGUGGAGCAGUUCGACCCUCAGGCCAACAAGUGGAGCCUGGUGGCGCCCCUCCGCGAGGGCGUCAGCAACGCUGCAGUGGUUGGUGCCAAGCUCAAGCUCUUCGUCUUCGGUGGCACCAGUGUGAACCGGGAGAAGCUGCCCCGGGUCCAGUGCUUCGUGCCCGGGGAGAACCGGUGGACCGUGCCGGCCAAGUGCCCGCAGCCCUGGCGCUACACCUCGGCUGCCGUCGUGGGUGACCACAUCGUCGUCAUCGGCGGCGACACAGAGAUCUCGGCCAACUCUGCCUACCGCUUCAAUACCGACACCUACCAGUGGUCCAAGUUCGGUGACGUGGCGGCCAGGAGGGUGAGCUGCCACUCGGUGGCCUCUGGCAACCGACUGUACGUCGUUGGGGGCUACUUUGGCGACCAGCGGUGCAAGACCCUGGACUGUUACGAUGCAUCGACCGACACCUGGAGUAACGUCACCACGGUGCCGUAUUCACUCAUUCCCACAGCCUUUGUCAGCACCUGGAAGUACCUCUCGGUUUAAGACGUCCCCUCAAGCACCACCACCUUCAGGCCUGAAGGAACGCAUGGUGCUGUUGAAAGAUGGAGAGUUUUGUGAAGAGCUGCAUUGGCAUUGACAUGUUUGCCACACUUUCCUCUGUUACUUGAACCCAUGGAGCUAGAGGAAGGAUUGAACCAGGGUUUCCGGUUGAGGACUGGCACAUGGGCAGCAAGUUGUACAAGAGUUUGGAGUUUCUGUGCCAGAUGGUGCUGUUCCAGAGUUUUUAGAUGUCCAUCUGUCACGCAUUUCCUUUGCUCAUCCAGUCAUUAAGACAAUAUUUGGCAAAAUGGCUGUGGUAGCUGGCCGUGACUGAUUCAGUGGAUGACUGUCAGAUUAUGGUGCUAUCCCAUUGGUGAGAGUUUGCACCUCCCAAACCUGUGACCUUCAUUGCUGCACAAGUCAAAGGCAGCAUGUACAUCAGGUGCAUGGGGAUCCCACCUCCUACAACAGAGUGUUCUUCCUGGUUGUCGGGCCAAAUCCUGUAACCACCCCCACCCUGCCCACCUGAUGACAUCAUUGGGGUAGGUUUACAUGGUCUACAGUGGUUCAAGAAAGUGACUUGCCACCACCCGCUGAAGACCAACGUACAGAACCGUUGGACAAGCCAGCCAAACCUGCCUCCCAGGUGCUAAUGUUUUAAAAGCUGUAACUUGUUCUCGAGUAGGAUCUGUAAACUGUAAUCCUGUUUCUUUUUCCCCUUCUGAUGUGCUGUACACCUUUUUGGAUAUUAAUUUGUGAUGUGUUCCUUGAAUGUGCUCCAUACUUUGCUUUUUGGUCCAGGUCUCUUUUGAGAAGUCCAGGUGAAAACAACCUAAUUAAAUCUAACAAGGUUGCUCUUGGUCCAUAUGGGAGCUAACUGUCCCCAUCACCAUAACAAUGUUGAUUUACACCUUAUUUUGUUGUUUCAUGACCUUGCAGAUUUUUUUAAAUGUUUUUUUUUCAUAGGGAGAGUUUUGAGUCUUUCAGGAGUUGAUUACAAUGAGGGAACAGUCCAGCGUAUUAUCUUGCCUGCUACCCAGGUGCAAACUUGUUUUGUGUUGGGCAAUGCACCCUUUCGAACCAUGCUCCCCCCCCAACCUCCCCCCCCCCCCCCCACACAAAAUAUAUAAAUUACAAAAGCCCAACAAGCUUUGGUUGUAAAUCAGCCAAGUUAUUAGAGAUGCACCCACCUCAACACCUGAAAUGCUACAUCCAGAGUUUCCCACUCCAGCUGCAUCCCUGUACCCUGGUUCUGGGCAGAAUUUGAGGAUAAUGAAAUGGCUGAAAUACCUUGCAUCAAGAAGCCAUUGGGAUGACCUCAGUUGAAGGGUUUUUUUUACCCCCAACCCUCCACUCCCUCAGGAUAUGCUGGCUCAGCCUGCAUAUCCAAAACCUUUUGAAUGAAUAUUUUAAAAAUUGUAUGCUGGCUGGCUGAUUUUGGUGGAGAUUUCUACCACAUGAUGCUGGGUGAAAAGGGCACAGGAAAAUCCAAGAACCCAGGUGGCAGGCCACACUGCAGAACCUGACCCUUAUGAUUUGGGUGCACGCAGGUAUUUGUUGUCAUAGAGCCAGCCACUCUUGGGCUGUGAGCAGAAGACCCAUCUCCAGCACUAGGGAAUGUUUGAAUGCUUCAUCUACCGAGAUGGAGCAGUAUUUAUUUUUUGUUUAAAAUUUAGAUGAAGGAAACAAUUUGCAAUCUUACUGGUACUGUAGAUAUUUUGUUUUCUAACAAUGUAGGGAAUUUGCAUUGAGAAUUCUUCUGUUCCUCAUCUGACCUGCACAGUAGUCUGUCAGUGUUUGUCUACUCCUGAGACUUGUGCUUGAGGUCGUGUAUGUUUAAUACUGUUUGUCACUUUAAUUUUGAAGAAUGCAUCUUUACAGCCUGGUGCUGCAUUGAGGAUUUCAAUAAAUUGUCUCUGAAAUAAAAAUAAGCCCCUCA